AGAAGUAUUAAAUAAAACCACAACAUAAUUUGUUAAUACUUGUCGUGUAUAUUUUUGUAUUAUAUAAAUAAUUUAAAGUUGUUAUAAAUUUAUUCCUUUUGUAGAUGACGAGUGUUCAUUCAGUAACUUCUCACACACAUGACGCAGAUAAAUUCGCAGUAGAAGCCAUAAAAAUUAGAACAGAAAUCAUGAAUGCAGCUGAUGCUAAUAGAGGAAAACCUGGUCAGAUUCUUGCUGAUAAACUGCUCCACUAUCCAGUGCAGGUGCGCGCAGCAACAGGACAACAUGAAUCUCUGAAAAGAUCGAUUAGACGUGUAAAAAGAGGACAAGCACCAAAAGAACCAACAUCAAUUAACGACAUUCCACAUCCACUACCGAAUGAUUACACCACUACAAAUAACUUUUAG